CUCCCACGUGACUGCGGUCUUUUUCACUGUGAUGUAUAGGAAGUGUCGUCUGUGAACUGCAAAAUAGUUAUCUAAAACAACACGUGUGCUCUUUCAAGAUCCGAAAGCGUCAAGUGUGUAGAGAUUUGGAAAAGGAGUUUCACUGGGAGGGAGUUUCUAUUUCUACUGUCUCCAGUGCCCUCUAUUGGCCGUGAAUCAGGCUGCAGGUAGCGGUGCCAUGAGUGAUAAGGAACUGCUAGAGCUGCCCAUGAGCCAGGGCAAAUUUGAGCAGAUUUGGGGAGACCUAGGAUUUGGUGAGCUGAUCAAGGAGCUGCCUCGUACCAACAGUGAUGCUUGGCUUACUGCUGCAUUGCCUGAUGGCCAUUUUACAGAUGGCUUUGACCUGGAUCUGCCGGAGAACACUGAUGCUGCUUUUCCUGUACAUGAUGUAGUCCCAGUUGUGGACAGCCUGCCCCCUCCUGCCACUGUAGUGCCCUCAACCACAGACUAUCCUGGAGAAUACGACUUCAAGUUACACUUUAAUCAGUCCAGCACUACGAAGUCGGCCACAUCAACAUAUUCUCAGCUGCUGAAUAAGCUGUAUUGUCAGCUUGCAAAAACAUGUCCUGUGGAUAUACUGGUGGGCAGAGAGCCACCUAAGGGUGCCAUGCUAAGAGCCACAGCAAUUUAUAAGAAAUCGGAGCAUGUUUCUGAGGUGGUAAUCCGCUGCCCACACCACCAGAGCGUUGCUGAAAACAAUGAAGGUGUUUCCCAUCGUAGCCAUCUCAUCCGUGUGGAGGGCAGUCAGAAAGUCCAGUAUCAUGAGGAUCCAAACACCAAGAGGCAUAGUGUGACGCUGCCUUAUGAGUCUCCACAGUUGGGUUCAGUGGUAACCACCAUACUACUGAACUUCAUGUGCAACAGCAGCUGUAUGGGUGGGAUGAAUAGGAGGCCAAUUCUCACCAUACUGACCCUGGAGACAUUUGAUGGACAGGUUCUUGGUCGCCGAUGUUUUGAAGUUCGAGUGUGUGCGUGUCCAGGCCGCGACCGCAAAACAGAGGAAGACAAUCUGAAAAAGAUUACUGGGGAGACGGUUACUGGAACAAAGAGAAAGCGUCAAAUUUCGAAUCAGUUAAAAGAGGCACUCCCUGCAGCUGCUCCUGAAUCCACUGAUGAGAUUUACAUUCUUCAUAUACGUGGGAAGGAGCGUUUUGAAAUGCUAAGGACUAUAAACGCUAGUUUGGAGCUUAUGCACAUGAUGCCUGUUGCUGACCAAGAAAAGUACAGGCAAAAACGAAGUGCCUUAAAACUUGAUCAAGCCAGUCUGCACCCGAAGAGUGGCAAAAAACCUCUUCUAAAAGAUUCAGACUAAAACAUCUUUUCAUUUUGUUACUUUUUCUGUACGCAAAAAUCAGAAGUCUGCUUAUAGCUUUUCUGAAGAUGGAAGUGUAAACUUGGAGUUCAAGCUGUUGUAUAUAUCCAACCAAAAUUUCAGAUGCUCAGAAUUUUUUUUUUUUUUUUUUUGCAUAUCAGUACUUUUAUAUUUUCUUAUUG